CAUCCAGGUACUACAAGAACGCACAGAGAACCUCAUCAGACAUUGCACAAUGUGUGUCUGUCUGUGUGUUUGUCUGUGUGUCCAGGUACUACAAGAACGCACGGAGAAUCUCAUCAAACAUUGCACGAUGUGUGUCUAUCUGUGUGUCUAUCUGUGUGUUUGUCUGUGUGUCCAGGUACUACAAGAACGCACGGAGAACCUCAUCAAACAGAUCCAAGACCUGGAGUCCAAGGCCCAGAGCCUGCAGCUCACCAUUGACCGACUCAACACCAACCUGGUCAAGACGGAGGAGGAGGGGCAUCAGUCCAAGGACAAGGUACAAGCCCUGAACCUGUCCCUGUCAGACAGCAACUCCAAGAUCAACGAGCUGGAGGACACGCUGACCAAACUACAGCGCGCGCUCACCUCCAGCGAACAUGACCGGCGCGUGUUGCAGGAGAGACUGGAUGCUACACGGAGGACAACGUGACCUUGCAGAGGCAGCUACAGGAACUGCAGGCGCACCUGGCCGAGGCCGAGCAGACGCACGCUCAGAGAAUGCCCUGCUGAAGGACCAGAUCGCCCAGGAGCUGCGCAAGCGUCAGAUGUACCUCUCCAAGUCUGCCAGGGCCGGGGAGGAAAUCCGCGACCUUCGUAACGUCCUUGACACCUCGCUGAGCAACGUGAUCCGCGACCCCAGCCUUGACCCCCUGCUCCUGGAGCACGAGUCUCGCAAGCUGGACGAGAGCUUGUGCCUGUCACGCAGCCUGACUCCACGCCGGAGGUCACCGGGUCGCACUUCCUCCCCCGGCCGUCUGGGCGGCUACACGUCCACUCCUGCGUACCGUGCCGGGCCCCGGAGUCCCAUCCUGCGACGCAAGCUCAAACAGUAGACGUGGCGCACCGCGCUAGGAGAUAACUUAUAGAUCUGGCAGGAGUUGUAUCUUGUUUGAGGAACCACCUGGACAUUAGUUUGUUUAAUUAAUCCAUUUGUAAUUCGUCUGUCAUAUACACCUAAAACAGUUCUAAAAAGAACAUUUAUUUAUGUCAAAUGUACUCCCUGAAAACACAAAAAGCUUUCCUCUCCAUCUUUCCCCUCGUACUGAAACAUUUGGACUUUUUCGGCCGUCCUGUCUUUUUGGAAAUGCCAGAAGAUUUCUCUGGUACAAUCUUCCCUUUCAACGUCUACAGAAUCUCGGGGUCUUGAGAUGGAGGGGACACAACUACUGAGUAGUGCGUUGUUCGUUGAUGCCUUUUGCCCAAUGUUGAGCUGUCUCUGUUCAGCUGGACACACCACGAUAUAUUUAUAUUUGAUAAAGAUAACACAAUAUUGAAUAACAGAAUUAUCCAUUGUUCCAACUUAUCUAUGAUAGAAUUAUCCAUUGUUCCAACUUCUCUAUGAUAGAAUUAUCCAUUGUUCCAACUUGUCUAUGAUAGAAUUAUCCAUUGUUAUAACUUUUCUAUGAUAGAAUUAUCCAUUGUUCCAACUUGUCUAACUCAUUUGAAAGUGACAAUCCUUGGGAAGUUUUCCCACAGUUCAUGUUUCUGUCUUGCCUUUCUCUUUCCUUUCUUAUAGCCGAGGGUCUUUAGUACAAUCCGACCUGUUUGACCGUUUUAGUUUGAAAGUUUUAGUCUGACCGUUGUAGUAGGUACUGAGUGUGGUCACGUGGGUGUGUCUAGCAGGCACGUUAGUCUCCAGAACAUGAUGGAAAAGUAGAGAAUUGUUCUGUGUCCAGUUUUAGUGGAUUGUCUUAUUGAAUUUGGUACAAAUGUAGUUGGUGGCGGUUUUUGUCCACGCGUUAAACGUGUGUUGAUUCAGAGGACAGUACCUCGAGAUUUUGUCACGGUCUAACGUUUAGUUCUACUGACACUUAUUUAUAGUUAAUCCAAUAUGGCAAUGUGCUUGCCAUCUAGAUUUUUUUCUCUUUUAUAGCUUGAAAACUUGUAACUUGAGAGAAACGACUCAAGUUUUGGGUGAAAAGGUGUUGUUACCUUCUUCUAAUGACUUCCAGUAGCAAUGAGUAGUUUUGUAGCAACAAAGCACGCUUGUGGUAACGCGUUGACCACUUUUGUAUUUUCUGCUGAUUAUGGGACCAGAGUUUGGCGACUGUGUGUGCUAACGUGAUUGUGUACGAUAAUAGAACCUUGUGUUUUCAUCUCACUCCACAAAGUGAUUGAUGAGCCUUGAUUUUUUUCUUUCAAUUUUAAACUUUUGAUGAACGGU